GUGCGCCCGCAGCGACCAGUCCAACGGAAGGGCCUCACACGGAGCCUGGGAGUACCGUAGUUGCCAGCGAGAGUCCCGCGAAGACGCAGGAACCCACCCAGGCUGCAGGGGAUACAGGCGGUGCGGGGAAAGCUGGGACAAAUGGGGCUUCGGGGAAUACUGGAACAAAUGGGGCUGCAGACAUUACAGACAAGCCCGGACAAGGAGUGACAAAGAGACCCGAGGUUGGCAAGCCGAGUCAACGAGUGACUGCUAGUCCAGGACAAACAGCUGCUUCCACCAAAUCCCUGAAUGGUGCGGGCGGAGUGACCCCCGCCUUGUCUGGCAUGACAGAGAAGGUUGAUGGCCAGACACUCGGCCCUGGUCAGUCUACCCCGGAGAAAAUGUCAGGGGCGGAGCCAACAGUUCCGACUAGAACAAGUGCUGGAACCCCAGUGUUAGGGGGCGGAGCUGGUGGAACUGGGGGCGCGGCCGGUGGUGAUGGUGGCAAGAUUGAAACUCCCAUCCCUGCAGUAGCAACAGAAAAGCCAGAAGAGGUGGAGAUUCCCGGGGCGAAAGCGACAGGACAGGGAGAGGGUGGGGGUCAACAAACAGCAGGGACCAGCACAGAGGGAACCACCAAAGAUGCUGGAGAUGGGGACGGAAGUCCAGGGGAAGACAACACCCCUCAGGCUGGUGCUG